AUGAAUCUAAACAACGCGGCACGCUCGUCUUUAAGUGGACGCGGUACGCAGUCUGGACAUGUUGGAGCUGGAUUGUCCAGGAGAAGUUCGGUGGGGAGGGGAAGCCCGGGUUUGAAGGGGAGACAUGGGGAGAUUCAGAGGAUGAGUUUGCCCUUGGAAAAGGAGAAGGAGAGGCCGCCGUUGACGUUGGCUGAAAAUCGUAUUUCUGGAUGUGGAUCAAGGACAAACGUCAACCAUUAA